AUCUCUGUGACGUCAUAUCGAUUCCGAUACCCACGUUUAUCGUCUUUGUAAUAUUAAACGCGAUAAACUUCCCGUCAGACGUUGAUACCUGAUUUUAUAAUUUGGAAUUAAAUUUACCCAUCGACUAUACAAACGGUUUUGUUUUAUUUUUUUUUGUAAAUAAAUAAACCGUGGAUUUCCAGACUCCGUGAGACACCGUACUGCAAAAUAAAUGAACAUCUGACGUAGUCCCAGUGAAAAUUAUAUCCAGUUAACGAACUUUUGGAUAUUCAUGCGAAGUACAACGAGAUAACGAUCACUUCGUACCUAGGAUGGAGGAUGGCGUCCAGACAUCCGAAUCAAACAAGGAGUUCAGCGAUCCCUUGAUCGGUUAUGAAAGCGUGAAACUUCGCGAUCGUAUCCUGCUGUCGCCGUACACAAAAUUUCUUCUACCUUCCUUGCUGAUAGCGAUCGUCCUUCCGUUCAUGGUACACGCGAUAAUCUCCACCAGAUUCGUGAGGGUGAACGAUGAUUUCUCCACCACUUGUAACCUGAGACCGGAGUACCGAGUCGAUUGUCUGCCGGGUAAAACACCUACGGAGAAUCAAUGCUACCACGUGAAUUGCUGCUGGAACGAAGAUGAAAAUAUUUGCUAUCACAGCGUGCCGUCGCGGCACGGUUACACCCCGAAGGGAGGAUUUUAUCACCGAGGCGUAACUUGGGUGCCCAGGGAGCCGAACUCGCCGUUGGGUAGCGCGACCAGGGGCGAACUUGUCGCUGAGGUGAAGGCGGUCGGCUUGGAUCGAGUGGACGUUUCAAUUUCGUUCGCUUCUUCCGCGAGGAGGAGAGCUAGGCGUCAAUUAGGAUAUCGGAACGGCGGGGAAAAACGGGCUAAUACGGGCCGAGACCACCUCGCACAGGAAGACGAACUUUCGAGGAAACUUCUUCAUUUCCUGCCCAGACAUCGGGCGCGGAGGACCGUCGAAAUCGAAUUCGAUAAUCCAUCGAAUUUGAAGGCCUACUUCCACUAUCCCGAAUUUUCGGUGACCGUCGCGAGAAACGACUUAACGGUGGACGAGGGCAGUUCGAUAUUUUCGACCGCUUGGGGUCCCCUGAUAAUGACGGAAACGUACUGGGAAUGGACGUUUCGCGUAGGGGACGCCUGUACGCUCUACGGUCUGAACGUCGAAGAAAUUAACGGGACGACUAAUUUCAUUUAUAACAACGAAAAUGGAACAAUUACACCGGCCUUUAUCGCAAUUAGUAAAACCGGAGAGUUCGGAAGCGCCUACCUCGUCGAUUACGCGGGACCCAUGGAAGUCCAGGUGCGGAACGGGUCGAACCUGGUCGUUCUGCGGGGCAUGGCGCUACCGGAAACCCUGAGUAUCGUCGUCUUCGGAGGACCUUCGCCACUCGAGGCGGUCAAACAGCUGACGAGGGCCCUGAGUAGCGACUAUAGAUUUCCACCGCACUCGAACUACGGCCUACACGUGUGUCCCGACGGCCGGAGGACGGACGACCUUCGAGGGGCUCUCGAGGACCUCGAAGCGGAUGUCGCCUCAAUGAACGCCACCGAGACGCCGUGGGACUCGCAUUGCCUUCACGUCGCUCUAGCGUCACUACUGAACCGUCCCCCCUCGAACUCCGUUCACCUUCAAGCGGCGAUAAACGCCCUCGAAUCGACCGGAAGAUAUUUCUUACCCCAUUUGAGCCCCAUGAUCCUCGCGGAAGACGGCGGAGGACUUUCGAGCGCCCUCGAGGCCGGAGGGCUACUGUUGAGGGAGGGAAGCGCCCCUUACCUCGGGCUUUACCGAAAUUCGAGCGUCGCUUAUCCCGACUGGAGUAAUCCAGGGGUGAACGAAACGGCGGGGAAUUACCUGCUCGAUUACCUGAGGGACACGGGGACGCCGGGCACCGUGUGGAUCAGAGACGCCUGGCCGAAGGACGAGACUCUGAACGCGUCCGAACCGGAUUUUUCCGUCUUCGAUUACCUGCCGGACUCUCUGAGAAUCGAGAUGACCCACCUGACCGUGCCGUUCGACUUGACCGCCUCGAAUUCAAAAUCUCACCACGUCGGCCACAACCUUUAUUCCAAGGGAUUCAGGAGUUUCGUAAGGUCGGCGGUUCCUACGGUCGAGUUUCUCGGGCCCCCGGGCGAGGCCGGGACCGCGUCUUGGUCGGCUUUGAGAAGGGCGGUGAAAUCCGCCGUCGGAGCUGGACUGGCGGGUCAGAUCCCGCCGCCGAUUUACGUGUGCGGCAGGGACGCGACCGACUCUCCGUCUUACGAAGAGCUUUGCACCAGGUGGUACCAGGCCGCCAUCGCCUGGCCUCACGUCCUCUCAGUCCCGGAAAAUUUUCCCGGAGGAGCGAACCUCUCCGCGGGCGCUUCCCUGAACAUGGUCAAGGCUUUGAAUCUCAGGGCGGCGCUGGCCAGCUACCAACACACCGCUGUGGCGUCGCACUUCGCACGGGGCACUCCGGUUCUGGCGCCCACCGCUUUCCACUUCCCCGAAAACUCGGAGUUCGUCGGGACUUGGGAUCAGUUCAUGUGGGGCGAGGGAAUACUGGUCGGGCUCGUCACCCUCCCGGGGGUUCACCAGGUCGCCAUGAGGCUUCCGGGCGUCGAUUCCUGGCGGCAUUUGAGGGGCGGCGCUGAGGCCGUGCCGAUUGUCAACGGCGAGACACCGAUAACAGCGAACAUCGGGGAGGCCGUUCUGCUCGUUCGACCCGGUCGCGUCGUUCCCGUUCACAGCGAGGUGGGCAGGACGACGGUAGCGACCAUGCUGAGCGAUUUGGACCUCCUCGCGAACCUUUACGUCGGGAACAACGAGACCGAUUCCGCUCCCGACUCGGCGACGGCACGGGGCGAGAUCUACUACGGAUCCGAAUUGGGGGGAUUUUUGGGCUUUGAAGUAAACGCCACGCAUCUGAUUAUCAACAACGUGUUGAACAGCGCGCUGAGUCACGGCUGCCCAACCAACGCCCCGUUCAAAACGACGUCGACUUUCGUACGAUUCGUACGGAUUCUAGGCGGUCCCGUUCACAGGGUAGACCUCGACGUGUGCGACGUGAACGUCGACGAAUUCGUUGUCCCUUGGCGAUAACCUUGCGUCACAUACUACCCCGGAACGACGGGGUCUCUCCAUCGCGUUUCGGUUGAAUCGACCGAAUUUUCGACCGAUUAUUUAUAAGCGAUUUUGGAAAAUUUUGCAAAAUCGGCUUGCGACGAAAAGCGGCUUUGCCGCGUAGCAGACGAGCGAAUUUCAAUACGCUUAAUUAUACGAUUGAAAAUUGGAAACGGGAAGAGAGAAAAGAGAAAAAAAAAAAAAAAAAACAAAACGAAGAGGGUUCGCAUUAAUAAAUUCGUUCGUAAUUUGUUUGAGAUUAAUUUUCCGCUAUUUUUAUCGUAUAUUAUAUGAUAAUUGUUUAGUGACCCGAUGUCUAUAAUAAUCAGCGGAUAUAUAAUAAUAAUCACUCUGUAUAAAAUGAAUGAAAAAAUAAACAAAAAAAAAAAAUAAAAAAAACAUCCGACGAAUCGAUCGAACCGA